CACUUUUUGCACUCGGCAUCUUCGUUUUCUUUUUCUUCAGUGCCCUGAAUAUAUACUUAUCCAGAGAUUUGGGAUUUGGAGCCACGUGGAAAUUGCAAAGAUUUGUUUAUGAAUAUAUCAUUAGCACUUAUGUAUUAAUAACGUGAUGAAAUAAAGAUUACGGAUUAUUCAAAUACGUAGAAUUUAUCAAAAUGAAGAUCAAGAAAGGAAGUCAGAAGCCUCUUAAUUCAUCCAAGAAGAAAAAAGUGACAACUGUGAAGAGAAAGAAAAAUGAUUUGAGCAAAUUAACUACGGAAGAGUUUUUUGAACAAAAUUUUGAAACAGAUAACGAUGCAUAUGAUGACAGCAAAGAAGAUAAAAAUAUAGAUGAAAAACUCAUUGAUGAGCAGAUGGAUAGUGAUAACAGUGAAGAUGACUGGAAUCCUGAAAAACAUAAAAAGUCAUUGAUAAAAUUAAAAGACACUGAUCCUGAGUUUUAUAAAUAUUUGAAGGAAAAUGACAAAAAUCUUCUGGACUUCAGAGUAUCAGAUGAUGACGAUGAUGUUUCUGACAACAGACAUAUUCCUAAUGAAAAUUUGGAGGUUGCUAGUGACGAUAGUGAUUUUCAACCAGAAGAAACUGAAGGUGAUUCUAAAAAGAAAAUCACUAUGCAAUUGUUGAAAAUAUGGCAGCAACAAAUACAAACAGAUAGAUCAAUAAUUACUAUUAAAUGUGCUGUAGAAGCUUUCCAUGCAGCAUUAGCUAAUGUUGCAGAAUUACCUGAUAUAAAUACGGAAUAUAAAGUAGAAGGAAGUGCAGCAUUUAAUGGUGUAAUGCAAUUAUGUAUAAUGUAUCUGCCUGAUGCAUUUAAACGCUUUUUAAAACUGGAUCCAGAAUCGCAGGAAGUGCAUAAAUCCAAAAAAUUUGGAAAAAUACGAUCAAUCUUAAAAUUGUAUUUGUCUGAUUUAAUCAAAUUAUUACAAAGUGUAGCAUCAUCCAAUAUUCUCACGGUGCUUUUAAAGCAUCUACGCCAAAUGUUGCCUUACACCCGCUCAUUUUCAUCUUUAACAAAACCAUUAUUAAGGAUUUUAAUAAAAUUUUGGUCAACUGCAGAAGAAACUGUUCGGGUUACUGCUUUUUUGAAUAUAUUACACAUUGCAACUAAACAAGAAUCUGUAUUAGAGAAGCUGUUGAAGACCAUGUAUGUGAAAUAUGUUCAGAAUACAAAAUUUGUUUCACCUAACACAUUACCAGGAAUAAAUUUUAUGGAACAUUCCUUGGUUGAGAUUUAUUUGCUCGAUCAUGACGUUUCAUAUAAUCAUGCAUUUCUAUAUAUUAGACAAUUAGCAAUUAAUUUAAGAAAUGCCAUAACAUUGAAAAAAAAGGAAAACUUUCAAGCUGUAUAUAAUUGGCAGUAUAUAAAUUCGUUGCGUUUCUGGACAGACUUGAUAAUUAAAUCAAAGGAGAAAUCGAUGUUACGAUCGCUAUUAUAUCCGUUAGUCCAGAUUAUUAUUGGAACAAUAAAAGUCAUUCCAACGGCACAAUAUUAUCCAUUGCGAUUUCAUUGUGUGGAAAUGUUAAUAACCAUUUCUAAGGAGACAGGAACGUUUAUACCUAUUUUACCAUUUCUUUUUGAGGUAUUGGACUCUUAUGAUUUUAAUAAAAAACAUAAAGCAGUUACAAUGAAACCUAUACCAUUUAAUUGCAUAUUGAGGAUGUCAAAAUCGCAAUUGGUAGAAAAUGGUUUUAAAAAUAACAUUAUUGAAACUAUUUACCGAUAUAUAUUGGAAAAUGCAGCAAAUGAAAGUCAUAAGAUAUAUUUUCCGGAUGUGUACAUACCUUGUAUAAUACAGUUAAAAGCAUUUCUGAAGAAAUGCCAUGUGGCAACUUACUGCAAGAAGAUGAAACAACUUCUAAAUAUGAUUGAAGAAAAUAGAAAGUACAUCGAAACUGAGCGUGCGAAAAUAACGAUAGAUUUGAAGAAUACAGCGGAAAUUACAAAUUGGGAAAAUAGAAUGAAGACGAAUGUUACAGAAAUAGCCAAAUUCUAUGCUUCCUGGAUUACUAUUCACAAGUCUCAGAUGCUUAAACUUCUUACGAAAAACGAGGAAGAACUUAAUGUACCAAUGAGAACAAUGAAGAGGCAGAAACUAGAUGAGCGAAAUGCAGAGGACAGUGAAGAAGAAAGCGAGCUUGAGUUUCGGCUGAAGGGAACGGAAGUCAAAACAAAAACGAAACCAUUAAAUAAGGCGAAAAAGCGCAAAAAAAAUAAGGAAACAAAGAAAACUACCGAUAUUGACGUCGAAGAUUUGCCGAGAGAAGACACAGACAUUGUACAAGAUAUAAAUAGCGAUGAUUGGUGUUAAGAAAAUUUAACAGUGAAAUGACAUUUGAUAUUAUUAGCAAAUCUUAACAAAUUUAAUGUUUUGUUAUAACAUUUGUUUAAUAAAGAUAUAUUUAAUAACAUAAAAAAGUUUCUCCCCAAAAAAGCAUAAAUGUAUAAUUGUAUAAUUAAUUUAUUUUAUUUUAUAAUUAUAUUCUUAUAUUUUUUAUGAUAUAAUUCAACUAUGUUCCUAUUCUUUGAAAAGCGCUAAAAUGACAUUAAGAUUAAAUAUUAAUUAAAGAUUUACGUAUUAAUUGUUUCUGCAAUUCUAACGGCUUUUUAGCUUUUGAGCCACAAAUUGGUUAUGUAAAAUCUGGAUUAAUGAUUAAAUAUAUAUUUAUUAUUACAUAUAAAA